GGAGAAGCCACGCCACCAUGCCAGCCUCCAUUUCUCUCUCUUUGGGUCACGCAGUUAAUACAGUCAGUCCAGUGGUGGGAGAGGAGACCCAGACCCUCCUACUGCCAUAUCACGCUAGUGUUACGAAAACCCAGACAAGAUGGCUGCCGAGCUAGUAGACCCAGUGACGGAGCCACGGAUGUACCAGCAGACACUCUUGCAAGAUGGGCUCUGUGAGCUUCUGGAGAGCGACAAGUUUGUGGACUGUGUCCUGAAGAUCAAUGACCAGGAGUUCCCAUGCCACCGGCUGGUGCUUGCUGCCAGCAGCCCGUACUUCAAGGCAAUGUUUCUCUCAGACCUGGAGGAGAGCAAGAAACGAGAGGUUGUGCUGAAGGAUGUGGACCCAGGUAUCAUGGGGAUGAUCCUUAGGUACAUCUACACUUCUGACAUCAACCUUACUGAGCAGAAUGUCCAGGACAUCUUCAUGGUGGCCAACAUGUACCAGAUCCCUUCGAUCUUCAGCGUUUGCGUGUCCUACCUGGAGCAGAAGAUGGUCCUGAGCAACUGUCUGGCCAUCUUUAGGCUGGGGUUACUUCUGGAGUGCCCCAGACUGGCCGCCGCAGCUCGGGACUACAUCUGUGACCGCUUUGAGCUCAUUGUCAGGGACACAGACUUCCACCAGCUGGGAUCCGGAGAACUGGCUGCCAUCAUCACUUGUGAUUCCCUGAACGUGGAGAAGGAAGAGACCGUCUUCGAGGCUCUGAUGGACUGGGUGGAGUACGAUCCGAGAGAAAGGCUGAAGGAUGUGCCAGACCUCCUGCAUUGUGUACGGUUCCGCCUGAUGGCACCAGUUUACUUCAAGGAGGAAGUGGAGGGGCACCGGUUGAUCAGAGCCAACCAGGAGAUCAAGAAGGAGUUGCAGCUAAUCAAGGAUGCGCAAAGGGGGAUGCUGCCUAAAGUCAAAGGGGCAUCCGGCAGGAAGGCAGGAGCUGCAGGAGCUGCAGAGGGUGAGGAGGAUGAAGAUGAGGAUGAGGGCCUGCUUCCAGGCAUCUUGAAUGACAACCCACGCUUUGGAAUGUUUCAAACGGACUUUAUUCUCAUGAUCAGUAACACAGGGACAGUCGCCUAUGACCCUACUGAAAAUGAAUGCUACUUAGCAUCCUCAUCAACCCAGAUCCCGAAGAAUCACUGCAGUUUGGUGACAAAGGAGAAUCAGAUCUUUGUGGCUGGAGGUCUCCUAUACAAUGAGCAGAACACAGAGGAUGCCUUCAGCUCCUACUUCUUACAGUUUGACCCCAUGAGCUCUGAAUGGCUGGGGAUGCCCUCAGUACCCAACCCCCGCUGCCUCUUUGGGCUGGCCGAGGCCAACAAUUCCAUCUUUAUCGUGGGUGGAAAAGAGCUGAAAGAAGGAGAACAUGCAUUAGACUCUGUUAUGAUCUAUGACCGACAAUCAUUCAAAUGGGGAGAAUCAGACCCUCUUCCAUAUUCAGUCUACGGGCAUGGCACCGUCUCUCAUAAUAGGCUCAUCUAUGUACUGGGUGGAAAAUCAGAGAGCAAGAAGUGCUUAAGGAGAGUAUGUGUUUACAACCCAUCUAAGUUUGAGUGGAAGGAGCUGGCCUCGAUGAAAACUGCUCGCUCCCUCUUUGGUGUUGCCGUCCACAAAAACAAAAUCUACGUGGUGACCGGAGUCACUGACAAUGGCUUGACCAGCAGCUCAGAGGUUUACGACAUUGCCAAGAAUACGUGGUCAGAGUUCACAGAGUUCCCUCAGGAGAGAAGCUCUCUGAACCUGAUUGAGCUGGCCGGUUGUCUGUACGCAGUGGGAGGCUUUGCUAUGAUGCCCAAUGACACCACUGAGAAGCUGGAGCCCACUGAGAUGAAUGAUAUCUGGAGGUUCGAUGAGAAGGAGAGCUGCUGGAAUGGGAUGCUGAGGGAGAUCAGCUACACUUCCGGAGCCACAGUAUUAGGAGUGCGUCUCAAUGCUUUGCGACUCACCAAGAUGUGAUCAACAGCAUUCAUUAGCUAAUGGACAGAAAUGUACAUUCAUUUUAGAGUACUGGAAUAUAUUGAGAGGUUUUAAUGGUCACAUUUAAAGUGCACACACUUUCUGAAGAUAAUGUAAAUUCCUGGAAGACUGAGUGUAAAAGCCGGACAGCAGGGGGAGACAAAGAACGGACCACUACAGGGUUUCAAAGCAAUGUGUGGAAACGUGAAGUCAUGGUGAACUUUUGGACCGCAGGACAGUUUGAUGCAAUUUACAUGUCCAUGUUUGUGUAUUUAUAUUAUUCACAUCUUUAUUUGAGUUAUGCUGAAUUUGAAUAAUAUUCGCUCUAUGAUUUCCAUGUGAAAAAGAACAAAUGUAGUAGUUACAAUGCGUGACAUCACAACAGACUGGAAUAUAAAGUUAGUGAAAAUACAGAUGCCAUCCACUUGCAUGAUGAAACUGAAUGAUAUUUGGCAGUCUAAUAGGUACUGUACAGUGCAAGAGUCAGAGAACACCCUGCAUUUAUUUCAUUUACAGUACAAGGUUUUCAGUGACAAGAAAAGAAAAAGAAGAAAACAUAUUGUCACUGCCCAAAACAAACAAACAAAAAAAAGCAGGUGUCUCCAUUUCUGUUGAUUUUUAUUUUUCUAUAACAUUUGAACAUGGUAACUGUCCUUUACAUUGUGUGAAAAUUUUGGGAGGAAUAAACCAAUAGAAAUUCUCCAAAAUCAUUAAGAACAUAACUAAAAGUUAAGAAUUUUUUCUUGGAAAGUUACAGUUUUGGAGAUGUUUUUCUUUGGACAGUGAUGAGUGCUGGAGCCUAUCCCAGUGGUCACUGAGCGGAAGGCAGGUAACACCCUGUACAGGUUGUCAGUCCAUCACACUCAGCCAUACACACACACCUAAGGGUGAUUUAGCAUCUCCAGUUCUGGAUAUCUUCGGACUGUGUGAGGAAACUGGAACACCUGGAGGUAUUCUCCACACAGAAAGGUCCCUAGGUGCCUGGACAGGGAAUUAAACCCAGGCCCCUCUUGCUGUGAGGCGACAUAAAACAUUCAGCAUCUAUUGUGUCCUCUUUGCUUUUACAGCUUCCAUUCUUUUCAGAAGACUCGCUACCUCACAAUCCCAAUUACAAAUUUAGGCUCAUCAGUCUAUAAAACUGUAUGCCACAUCGCAAACGCGCGGUUUCAACGUUUUGAUUGGAAACUAAAUUAAUGAAGGGUGGUCUCUGACUUCUGCACAGUGCUCCAGAAACAAAGAAGAAUGAAAAAACAUAACUGGACACAAAGCAAUUAGAAUCAACAAGGAUGUUGCUUUAGGUUUUUACAGAUAUAAUAGGCAGUACAGUAGAUGACGGAAUACAGACCAGAAUAAACAUCACUUUUAAAUUCUA